AUGAGUGCGCAAUAUCCGGGCAAAGUGAGUCUGGAACAAUGCAGCAGGCUGCCCGACGGAUCGAAUGAAGCCACAGAGAUCGCUGUUCAGGGCGUCCGCGUGGAUGGUGGUGAAGAUGAGGCCAGACUAUCUACUGAGAAGAUGGCGACGCUACCAGAACGGCCGGAUGGUCCUGGUGUCCCAGUGGACGAUACGCCAGACAUUCGCUCCAAGCGGGACCUGGCAGUACUCUCCGAGAUUGAGGACGCUGAGACGGGUGCAUUCUUACGGUCCACUCACGGGUACAUCGACCACUCGGGCGCCGCGUGGUUUGGUCGCUUGCCUGGUGUCCGAAAACAUGAUCUGACUGUCGAGGACCUCAAACGCACCUUGAAGCAAAUACCGGACGAGCAAAUCUACUCACUGGCGACGCCAUCUAUCACUGCCUUCCACCCGCGCUCCGGUGAUGUGACCAGUAUCUACAUCAAAAGGCCCCAGCUGACGGGCUUCGACGAUGCAGACGUAGCUGCGCUUCUGCCGGGGUUGCUGAUUGAAGAGGCCAAGCUGCUGGAAUUCCUGAAGCCACGCCCUCAUUCAAACCUCAUCAGAUAUCACGGAUGUACAUUAAAGGACGGGCGGGUGACGGGUUUAGCUCUCGACAAAUACGACGUUCUACUCCUGUACCGCUAUGAAGACCGGCCCCUGCCCUUCAACACUGCUGCUUGCAUGGACGGGAUACGUGCGGGUGUGGAACAUCUGCACUCGCUUGGACUGGCACACAAUGACCUCAAUCCUAUGAACGUCCUCCUCGACAAAGACGACCGGCCGGUCAUCAUCGACUUCGGGUCGUGUAAAAGGUUUGGCGAGCAGCUAGUUUCAGCGGGCACUCCCGGCUGGAUAGAUGAGGAGUACGCUGUCUCCGCGCAGGAGAAUGAUGAAGUUGCUUUGCGCAAGAUCGAAUUUUGGUUGGCGGCGCAGAGCAAGAACAGUGACCUAGCUUUGUAUCGAUGUUGGCUGUAA